CCCGGCCUCCAGCCCCAACCCUCCCAAAGUCGGGGGACACUUCGGGGGACAGAGACACCCAGAGACAGAGGGAGACCCCCCCACCCACACACAGGUAACAGUGGACAAUGUGGAAGCUGGUAGCCUGGGGUGCGCUGGUGGCAGGCGUGGUAAGCGGGCUGCCGUGUCCCGAUGGGCAGCUGUGCCCGCAGGCCUGCUGUGAACGCCCAGGGGACGCGGGCUAUGGCUGCUGUGACCCCGCUCGGGACUCGGCCCCAUCUCUGCCGUUGGCUCUUGUGGGGGGCACGUGUGAGGACAGUGCCCCUUGCCCGGCUGGCUUCUCCUGCCUCCGCACCCCCACGGGGGGCACCGGCUGCUGCCCCCGUGCAGAGGCCGUGGCAUGUGGUGAUGGGCAGCACUGCUGCCCGCGUGGGUCUCACUGCAGCGCUGACGGACGCUCCUGCUUCCACUUACCAGGCGCCAGCUCUCCCCGCGCUGUGCAGUGUCCGGAUGGCCAAUUUGAGUGCCCCAACGAUUCCACCUGCUGCCCGAUGCCCAGCGGCUCGUGGGGCUGCUGCCCGCUGCCCCAGGCCACGUGUUGUGAGGACCGAGUCCACUGCUGUCCCCACAGCACCUCCUGUGACCUCGCCCACAACCGCUGCCUGGGGCCCAACGGUCCCCGGCCCCUGGCCCGCAAGACCCCUGCCUACCGGGGGGCCCCCUGGGAGCGGGGGGCAGCUGUGAUCUCUCCUCUGGUCCCAGCUGGUCCUCCCGCGGUGAACGUCAUGUGCCCCGAUGCCCGUUCUCAGUGCCCAGAGAGCACCACCUGCUGCCAGCAGCCUGAUGGGCACUACGGUUGCUGCCCAUGGCCCAACGCCGUCUGCUGUCCCGACCGCAUCCACUGCUGCCCCCAGGACACCCGCUGCGACCUGCAACAGGGCAAGUGCCUAUGGUCGGAGGGUGCCACCUCCCCGCUCCUGGCCAAGCUGCCCGCCGUCCGAGCGCAGGAGGUGAAAUGUGACAAUGAGGUCAGCUGUCCGGACAGCUACACCUGCUGCCGUCUCCCUUCGGGGCAGUGGGGCUGCUGCCCGUUCCCUGAGGCCGUCUGCUGCCCCGAUCACCAGCACUGCUGCCCCCGCGGCUACACGUGUAACGCGGAACUGAACACGUGCGACAAGGGGGGCCGGGCGCUGCCCUGGUCGGUCAAGAUCUCGGCCCAACCGGCCCCCCGUGCCGGGGAUGUCCGCUGCGAUGACCGGAGCAGUUGCCCCGACGGCAAUACCUGCUGCUCGCUGGGCUUUGGCCAGUGGGGCUGCUGUCCAUACCCUGAGGCCGUGUGUUGCCCUGACCACAUCCACUGCUGUCCCCACGGCUUCACCUGCAUCUCGGACGGCCAGUGCCAACAGGGAGCCCGGACCGUGCCCUGGCUGAAGAAGACCCCUGCCCGCCUCAGCCAGAAUGUCCCGUGCGAUGCCUACUCCAGUUGUCCCACGGGCCACACUUGCUGCCGCCUGGCAUCGGGCAUGUGGGGCUGCUGCCCCAUCCCAGAGGCCGUGUGCUGCUCCGACCAUGUGCACUGCUGCCCCUCGGGCUUCAGCUGUAUUGGACAAGGGCAGUGCCAGCUGGGUGCCCUCAGGGUCCCCGCUCGGGUGAAGGCUCCGGCCCAGCGGCUGCCCCAGGCGGGAGACAUCCGCUGUGACGACAAGUUCUCCUGUGCCCAGGGUGAAACCUGCUGCCCCUCACAGGGUGGGGGCUGGGCCUGCUGCCAGCUGCCUAAUGCCGUCUGCUGUGAGGACCGGCUGCAUUGCUGCCCUUGGGGCUACAGCUGCAACUUGACCGCCCAGACCUGCGACAAGGAGCAGACCGGCCCCGCGGCCGCCGCCUCCGCCGCCCGCCCCCUGCUCACGGGCCCCGCUGCCCUCGUGGGCGACGUGCCCUGUGCCCAGGGCCGCUUCUGCCACGACAACCAGACCUGCUGCCGCGACAGCACCGGAGGCUGGGCCUGCUGCCCCUACGCCCAGGGGGUCUGCUGCCGGGACCAGCGCCACUGCUGCCCGCCCGGUUCGCGCUGCACCAAGGGAGGCCUGAAGUGCGGGCGCCGGACUCUGCGCUGGGACCAGGCCCUGAGCCGGGGCCAAGCCCUGCCCCGGCCCCUGCUCUGAUGGGCACGGGCCAGACAGACCGCCAGACAGACGGACGGGAAAGAGGGAGGGAGGAGCCGCCCACCCGUGAUUCUGCCCACCCGCUCCCCUGCCUCGCCCUCCCUCCCACCUCGGGCUGGGCCGGGGUCCCCGCCGGGGUCCCCGCCGUGCCUGAGGUCAGCCCGCGGUGACCGUGGGGGGAGGGGUGACUCCCCCCUUGCUCAGGGCCCAUCCCGCCCCCCCUCCCAGGCUGAGGGUUCCCACCACUCUCCCCAAUAAAGUUUGUAGUACGGUUUGUUACA